UAAAUGUGACGUUGAUGUUCUCAGAAUCUAGAAAGAGAAUCUAGGCAUCGUCAAUUAGUUUAAGAACUACAAAAAGUACAAAGAAGUAACACAACAAAAAACAAUUUCUUAAUAUGCAACCAGCAAAACAGCGCUUGCACCGAAAUUACUAGCAGCGCCACUCACACAAUCACCAACAUCAAUAGAACACAGGGUACAACUGCAGCUGCAUCAACAAAGCCGAGCCACAAUCUUUCAAGAAAGUAGAAACCCAAAGAACAAAUGUCGAUAACACAACAAGAGUCAGACCGAAGCGAUUCGUCGUCUGAUGUCAACAGAAACCAAGACGCCGAUCUCACGGAAACGGACUGUGUGCGCUACGGCAAGUGCAAAUGGUUUAAUGUGGCAAAAGGUUGGGGCUUUAUAACGCCGCAUGACGGAGGCCAGGAGGUGUUUGUUCAUCAGAGUGUCAUACAAAUGUCCGGCUUCCGAUCACUGGCCGAGCAAGAGGAAGUAGAAUUCGAAUGCAAGCUAACCGAGCGAGGGCUGGAGGCGACACGUGUCAGCGGCAGCAAGGGACUGGAUUGUACUGGUAGUACCUUUCGACCGCGCACAAAAAAGCGACGACGCGUACGCUGCUACAAUUGCGGCAAAUUCGCCAACCACAUUGCGUCUAUGUGCCCGCAGGAACCGCAACCAAAACGCUGUCAUAUAUGCAAAUCCGAAUCCCAUUUCUUUGCCGAUUGUCCAACGCGGCUGGGACUCUCAACUGAAUCGGAAGAAACUCAACACGACGAUAAUGAGCAAAGUGGUGCUGCAGCCACGUGAAAGUGGGGAAUGGGCGGGGGCCGUGGGAUUGCAAUAAAUGGCAAGCAUUUCUCUUGUGAAAUUUUUUGCAGUUUUCUGCACUUUCGUUUACCUCUUCAUGCCGCCAGUUUGACAAAUGGUCUUGAAUGACAUUUGGUAAGGCACUUUGGCGGAGGAAUUUUAAGUACAAACUUAUAAAAUACUACGAUUUUCCUAUAUUUAAAUAUUAUUUUUGGACGCUAUUAGUUUAAAAGACAUAUUUUAUACAUAAGAUUAACUAAGUUAAGAAUCGCUCAGGUAUCACAUAGUAAUUAGG